ACUGACAAUACCCCUUCUCUUUUGUGUUCAAAAUUUUUUCUCGAAAUUCUGUGUUCAAAUUCAAUUGGAAAUAAAACUUCUUUUAUGUUGUUCUUUUAAUAUUAAUCACACUUUAGAGCCCAACUUGUGGCCUUAAAAAGCUUUUAUUCUGGACAAGGACAAAUCCCCAUCCCUCUCUCUCUCACUCUAAGAAGCAUGCAACUGAGUUCCCUGCAUACCCACAUCUUCAGCUUUCGAUGGGAACGAGGGGUCCCCUCUUCAAUAUUUGCUCUUUUGAAGUUUUGAGUUUGGUGGGUCUUUGUUAGCUUUGCAAUGGGUCUUUAACAAAACUAUGAAAUGCGUUACCAUUCUCUUGAAAUGUUUCAUUGCAUCAUUUUAUUUUCCAGUCUUUGAUUUAGAAGCGAGCUGCUUUUUCUUUUGCUUUCGUCAGUGAAUUCAAGUAUUGAGGCGUCAGAGGUGGUUAAAGUCCAAUCCUGAGUUAAUAACCUUGGAGAGAAAUUUCUUGGGCGCUUCCCUUGAGAGUUCCUAGAAAAGAUAAUUUGGUGGUUUGGCUGUUCCAAUGAUCGAUGUGGCUCAGGGAGAUGAUCCAUCCAUGGAGAAGAAGAGAACACCCGCAUGCAUUUUCUUUAAUGAUUUCAGACAUGUACUUAAACUGGAUGAACUUGGGUUAGAAAUAGCACGUAUAGCAUUGCCUGCGGCGCUGGCUUUGACAGCAGACCCUAUUGCCUCUCUGGUGGACACAGCGUUUAUUGGCCAAAUAGGUCCAGUAGAGCUAGCUGCUGUUGGAGUUUCUAUUGCUCUAUUCAAUCAAGUAUCAAGAAUUGCAAUAUUCCCACUUGUCAGUAUCACAACUUCUUUUGUUGCUGAAGAGGAUACAAUUGGAAAAGUGAGUACUGAAGCACAAGAGAGUGAAUCCUUGGAGGCAGGUUCGCUUGUAAACAGCGAAAGUAAAGAGUUGAUACCACAAAAUGGAAAAUCACUCAUUACCAGCUUUGAUAUUGCUAAGAUUGAGAAUGAAAGAAGACACAUCCCCUCUGCCUCAUCUGCAGUGGUUAUUGGUGCCAUCCUUGGCUUUAUCCAAGCUAUAUUCCUCAUAUCUGGAGCAAAACCAUUGUUGAACUUCAUGGGAGUUGGUUCUGAUUCACCUAUGCUAAUCCCUGCACAGCAAUAUCUGACAUUGAGGUCGCUUGGAGCCCCUGCAGUUCUCCUUUCCUUGGCCAUGCAAGGGGUCUUCCGGGGAUUUAAAGAUACAAAGACUCCUUUAUAUGCCACUGUGGCUGGAGAUGUAACAAACAUAAUUUUAGACCCCCUAUUUAUGUUUGUUUUCCGUUUGGGAGUUAGUGGUGCGGCCAUUGCUCAUGUUAUAUCCCAAUAUCUGAUUUCAAUUAUACUUUUGCGGAGAUUAAUGGAACAAGUUGAUCUCUUACCUCCUAGUGCCAAAAAUUUGCAAUUCAGUAAAUUUCUUAAAAAUGGUUUUCUAUUACUAAUGAGGGUCGUAGCUGUCACAUUCUGUGUUACACUUUCCGCAUCAUUAGCUGCACGGCAAGGAUCAACAUCCAUGGCUGCUUUUCAGGUCUGCCUGCAGGUUUGGCUGACCACAUCUCUUCUGGCUGAUGCAUUGGCUGUUGCAGGCCAGGCAAUACUUGCAAGUGCCUUUGCCAAAAGGGACUAUGACAAGGCAACAGCCACAGCAUCUCGAAUAUUGCAGUUGGGAUUGCUUCUGGGAUUGAUGCUGGCUGUUGUACUUGGAAUUGGAUUAAGUUUUGGGGCAAGAUUAUUCACGACUGAUGUCAAUGUCCUCCACAUGAUUAGCAUAGGCAUUCCGUUCGUCGCAGGUACUCAGCCCAUCAAUGCCUUGGCAUUUGUAUUUGACGGAGUCAACUUUGGAGCUUCUGAUUUUGCUUACUCUGCUUACUCCAUGGUGGUGGUGGCCAUUGUUAGCAUCCUAUGUUUAGUUUUUCUCUCCUCCAGUUAUAAGUUCAUUGGCAUCUGGGUUGCUUUGGGCAUAUAUAUGAGUCUUCGUGCAUCCGCGGGCUUUUGGAGGAUAGGGACUAGAACGGGACCCUGGAAGUUUAUCAGGAUGUCUUAGCCGCUUGUUUAUUGUUUUAGCCAUUAUUUUCUUCUCAUCAUGAAUACCAAUAGCAUACCUCAGGUUGUGUAAGGAUUUUCUUCUGUUGUUUCCUUUAAGUUUAAAUCUCAAAAUAUUAUGCCUUCCCAUCUCUGUAAAGCUUGAUGACUUUCACUUAAAUUCAUGUAAAGCGAUGGAAAUAUAGAAAAAAGGAAGAAAAAAAAAAAUCCUUGUGCUUAUCCGUA